CCGUCAGCAUGUCAAAGGAGGCUUGGCCAAACCUGAACUGAAAAACACUCUGCUCGCUUUGACAACAAAUGACAUUCUCCUCCAUUUGGGCGCCGGAAAAAAAACUGCUGCCUUCUGUCGGCACCUCGUUUUAAAACUGUAAGUGAAUUGUUGUGUCACGCGAUAUUAAACAUUAUUCAUGUACCGUAUUUAGUUUUAAUAUAAUUAAACGUGCCUCGGCCGUGUAUAUGCAGGAGAUGGCGCUGUUUCCAUUCGCGUCGCCUUACAGGAAUCUUAAAAUCCCGACUGUUUUCACCCCCGGACGCAAUUGUGGUUGCACGCGUUUCCGGUUUUGGCUCCUGUCGGAGUGGUUUGGUGGGUCUCCACGGUCUGGUCACAGAUCUGACAACAUUCUGGAAGUUACCUCCUAUAGUUGAUUAAGGUGAUGUCAUCCACUGGUUCGAUUGUUUGAAAGCCUGCGAAACAACCCGCUAAGCUAGUUUGAACUAAGCACAAAAAUGGCGGACAAGACGCCGCAACAGUCCGACGCUCCGUUUGCGGCGAGGAUAGACCCCACCAAGGAGGAUCUAUCCAAGGAGCAGAUGCACUUCAUCAGGCAGGUGGAGCUCGAACAGUGGAAGAAGAAGACGCAGAAGCUGAGGACGCGGAAUGUGGUGACGGGGGUUGCCAUUGGAGCCCUCGUCCUGGGCAUAUACGGCUACACGUUUUACUCAGUCUCCCAGGACCGCGUCAUGGAAGAGCUGGACGAGGAGGCCAAGCGUGCCAGAGCUCCAAAGACGGGUGCCAACUGAGGCAUGGUGGACCUUCUGAGGACACCACGCCCGGCUUCUCUUCCCAACACGCUGGUGGACUCUUCGUUGGCUUCACUUGUGACUGGAUUGUUGUCCAACUGGACAUGACGGGACACAUUCGCAGACCAAAACCAAUAAAAGGUCUGGAAUGACUUCAGAAGAAUUCCAGUUUGGAGGUGAAAUGUCAACAUGCAACAAUCUGAAGUGACCUUAAAGAGUAGAGAAAACAAAUGGCGCAAAAUGUUGUAUGUAACUAUUUAUGCUGAUUAACUGAUUUAUUAAAUACAAAUUCCUUGCAUAUUUCCUUUUUUUUAAUGACCCUCAACAAGGAUACACAUGCUUUUAUUAAAUGGUCUUUAUUUAUAAUCUGAGGAAUUGACUAGAAGGAACAUCCAGUCUUGCAGAGUAGAAAUAUCAAAUAAGACCUUGGAGAAGAUGAAGAAAGGCACAGAUUCAGCAUGGCAGAACAAAAGAGACAUUACAUUCUUUUGGGGGGGGGGGGACACAAUGCUUGCUUUUGAAUAUACAGUAGAUCUCAACUUUUCAACCACCAGCGAAUGAUGGAAAAACCACGAGUAA